CCUAGUGCUGUGGCUUCCGACAGUGCUGUGACUUCCGACGGCGCUGUGUUUUCCACCAUCGCCACCCUCUUCUUCCAGCACUUCGCCCUCCUCUCUCCCUCUACGCCAUCUCUAAAGCUUUCUCGCCAGCCUUCUGCACUCCAACUCUGCCAUCAUCACUCUCCUUCCUCAUCUGAUUGUGCUGCUUGUACCAGAUAAGCUUACCAGACGUAGUCGUAGAUCAGAGCUAGACUAGUGUUGAGCAGGGACAUAGUGAACUAUUCUUUCUUACUCUAAACCGUUUAUUUUUGGUUCGAUUAGCAAAGUCACCUACUUCCUGCGGCACGAUCUAUCCGUUCUGCAGAACAGUUACUCCGUCCGCUCAGCUGUCUGUUGCGUGUUGUUGGUUGCAUGUUGCUGACUCUCUCUCUCUCCCGCAUCAUGGGUGGGUGGGAAUGUUUUAGGUCUUGUUCAUUUGUGCUCAUCUUACGAGUGGAUGUUGUUGAGAUAAGCACUCUGGAGUUCUAAAUACUGCAUUAGAAAUUCUCAAUUGACUUAGCAGUUGUUUGGACCUGUAGUAGACCCCCUCACUUGUUUGCCAACCUUCAUAAGAGACGCUUUCGACGUAUAUAAUGUCAUUUUGUCGUUCAGUUUCCUGGGAAUCCCCUUCUUUUGGGUACCGACAGCGCUCCAUGCGAGCCUUACUCUUUGCUAGGGCUGACUAAGGUAACAAGAAAACUGGAAUAUUUUGUUCUCUAAAUUGGUGACACACACUGUGUUCUUUUCAAUCCUUCUUCAUCAGAUUGCGUCUUUAACCUUUAAGUACACAGAUGAAGAUUGGAAAUCAUUGAAAAACGUUCAAACACAUCUAGUGAAGAUGAAACCCUGAUUCUCCAGAGAACUUUUUUCGUGACAGGGGGUGGGGGGCUUUGUCACGUUAAAUGUUAGAACAACUUUUUGAGAGCUUCGUAAAUUCGCCCCUCUUUGCUCUUUUUGAUCUUGUGGUUCUGGAUUACACCAAAAACAAAGAGCUCUAUUCCACUGUAUUCAAUUUGUAAUGGUUGAUUUCUGGAUCCGAUGACAUCACAUGCUCGUAAAGCGAUUCUCAAUGGAGUGGUACUAAACAUAUUUAGCAACAUAGAUCCCUAUAAUAUUUCUUUCUCUAACAUGUUCUAUGGACUGUCAGAUUGUAGCCAAGCUGUUGCCGAAGGAUCAUCUGUCUCUCAAAAUACCCAACGUCAAAAACCACUGGAAUUGCUAUGCCCCCUGUUCUGGAUUUCUAUACUCUAUUUUAUUUCUACACGAAUAGCCUGUCAUGUAUUUCAGCAUCCUGUAAUGGCAUGGAACCCUGCUUGAAAUGGAGACAUUGAGAUAUCACUUAUCAACUUCUCAGACCAAGUUGUCUUGACACUUAGAUAUCUCGCUUUUAAGAGACAUUGAUGACAGGUCACAUGUCUGAGACUCUGAUUUGAGCAGUCGAAAAUGAAUGCAUUCCCGAUUACAGUGGGUACAAUGAAGUUAUUGGUGUUUGUGGUGCUGGUGUUGCAGCCUCUGGAGCAGUUUCCAUUGGUAAUUGUAGCACUGGAUUCGCACAUUGAUAACGCAAUUCGAAGGUUGUUUGAAAAGAGAGCGGUGACAUUGUUUUGGUUUGUGAGAUUUCUCUUCGUCGGUGGGUUUUGAGAACCAGAUGGUGGUAGCGGGUAAGGCUGUGUACAAAACUGCCAAAGCAGUUCAUAAGUAUCGUGCUAGAAAGCGAGCAGAACGUCGUGGCGCACCUCUUCAGCGCAUCCGUCCUUUAGGUGAGUCCGAAGGUACUCGUGAGGAUUUCAAGCGCGAGCACGUGCGGGAGGAGUAUUCUAGGUUGAUAGAUUGUUGCUAUACGGACCGCUCUCGUCUAAGCAAAUGGAGACAAAUGCAAAGAAACUGCCCCGUGACAGAGGAACAGGAAGCCAAUGCAGGGAUACAGCAUAAUUUGCUUCUAGAAGGAAUGGAUCCCAACAAUCACUUCCAUAAACUUGUCAUUGCUAUCAGGGGCACCACAAUUGACCUGGAUGACCUGAAAGCUGACAUCCGUCACACAUUGGAGCUUGUACACAGGAGCAACCGUUUCAAGAAAUGUUUGGAGUUGAUAGAGAAGCUGAAGAAGCACUAUAUAGAGGUAUAUGGAGGCAACGCCAAGGACAUUGUUGUAACAGGGCAUUCCCUGGGCGCGUCCAUCGCCUUUCUCAUCAGUUUGAGCCUCUCAGACAUCUCACCUCCUCACUUGUUCAACCAACCAUGCAUGAGCAUGGUUUCCCUUCUCGAUAAUGUAUUACCUGGCAAGAGACUCCGAGACAGGAUGCGGCAGUUAUCCGUCAUGAGAGCUUCGGACAAAAUAAAACAAGCGUCGGAUAUUGCGCUGGCUGCCGGCAGAGGGGAAUUAUUUCAGCUUGCUGCACAGCUCAUCAGGUAUAUCAACUUGGUGGAACGGCCUUUUGUUAUGUAUGUCAACUCUAACGACAUCAUCUGCAAGCGUAUCAUAAACUUUUAUAAACGAAAUCACGGCAGGGUGUGUGAUUUACACAGGCUAGAUCAGGAGACCUUUUCUCGAGCAUUGAAUUUGAAGGCUGAGUACUUCAUGUCGCUGGUGCCCUCUGUCAAUAUGUUCAUCAGUGACAUGGCGAAAGGUAAUCCUUUUGGUAGUCAUGGUAUUAAACAGUGGUUCUCCAGCCGUUUGAGCAAUGGUCAGCACCCUGACAAUGGGAGGUACGAAGAGUUUUCUCUCCGUUAUGAAACGUUUCGGCUGCUUGGUCCCAGAAAACCGAAAUGGGAGGAGCUUGGUUUUCUUCCCAAAGCCGUUCUCUGGCUUGGUUCUCUGCAGCGGAUCAACUAUGAAGGAAGACGUCGUCAGAACUUGUAGGACUGGGACGAGUAUCCAUACUCGACCUGGGUGAGGAGGACUUCGAUGAAGAAGACUUCGAGGACUCGGACUCGGAGGACUUGGAGGAUUCGGACUCGGACUCGGACGAAGAUGACGAUUGGGAAGAGGGAGAGGAUGACUACGGAGAUGAGUGCGGGGUCGAGUAUGGAUACUAUGAGGACGAGUACGAUUUACAGGACUCGGACUCGGAUGAGUACGAAGACUGGGGCAGGGUGAGUCGAGGCGGGGGACGGGAUGGAGCCGUGAGCAGGUCGGACCGAGGACAAUAUCCGUAACUUGGCCAAUCCAGCCGGGGGUCUCGACGGCGGAUGUAACAGCAAGUCUGAAGGCUAUAUGCACAAGCGUGCAAAGGCUCCUUACCGGCCCCUAGGACAGGAUCACAUCUUGGUCUUCUUGGAAGAUCUUAACUUUGGUGCUUAUCUCGUUUCGGAAAGCUGGCCGUUGCCAGGGAAUGUAUUCGUUGAAGUCACGUUUCAGGCCGUUCUAUCUCCCGGGCUUAGUACUCUUGACGUUUUCUCAGCUUAAUUUUUCUGGCAUUAUCCUUGUGCGGUCAGGAGGAAGGUCUUGCUAGUUUUCGGAAGGGUACCGCUGUAAUUGAGUCGUCAUGUUAUUCAUACUAAAGAAGUAUCUGUCGGAGGCAGCAGUUUGAAAUUUGAAGUGUUGUUCUGCCUAGAGCAUGUAGUCGUUGCUGCAGCCGUCAAUAUCAUCCUCUGUUUCUAUGAAUAUUAAUAUAUAAUGAUCUUACAUAUUUUCCGAACAUUGUAAGGUAUGUAUGCACUUGUAGGCAGCCUGUGUAGCUGCUGACUCACAUGUAAGAUCGUGUAGGGCCUGCAGGUGUUUUGGUAGGCAGAGUGUCUUCUGUGCUCGGGCAGUUCAAGCCCAGAUGUUCCCUGCUGUGGACUUGCCCGUAGCUCUUUCCUACAGGGUAGAAGGUUAUUUUUUGAUGUAGGGAUCGGUAAACCAGGUAGCUUAUGAUUCU